AUGUCCGGCCAGACUGGCUGUCUCAUUCCGAUGCGGUUGUCCGGCACAUCGGGUACCGCCAUGGCCGAGGUCGACGCCGCCAUUGCUGCCGCCGUCUUGUCCGCUUUUAACUCUGGCUCCGUCACGGGAAUACAACACCAACACCAGCAUGGGCCGACCACGGUUCUACCGACAACCAUGGCAACUCAGGUGAGCUUAGCUCUGCUUUCUUACGAAAACUCGAAGUUGAGUCACACUCCGAUCCAUACUGUCUUUAUUGCUCCUGGUCAAGGGUACUGGCUAAGAUACCUAAAGAGUUUCACAAAUUGGCAUUCUGCUUUAGUCAUUGGGUACUUUCACACACUCGAGAAUUUUACUGUAAAUGGUGAAGCUAAUGAAACAUCCCAUUUUGGGUGA